AAGUCCUUGCCGCCAGUCUCCUCUCAAAAGUACCUUAGCCAUGUGCAGGUCACUGCUUCCCUCCACUCCAACCGAACUGGCGCUUUUCCAAGACAGUUGAUUGCUGGAACAUCCCAGGGAUGCUGCACUCGGCGCAUCACCUACAUUUGAGGUUAUCCAAAGGACAGUGAAUGUCUCUUCUACUAUGCCAAGCUCUAGACUUUUUGGUCUUGAGCCAGGUAGACUAGUUUCUAUCUUUCUACUCUCUGCUUAUCCAAACCUCCCACCACAAUAAUAAAGGCGCUGACUACCCAGCCGCUGGCGUUGGACACUUCUUUCCAUCUUAACUUUCAUGUUUGUGGAACAACGCGCCCUAAUCCCCAUUGUGACCCAUUGAUCGAGAAACAAGUGGAUUCUAUAUCCUCGCAGAAUGACAGAUCUACCUUCCAAGUUGCCCGAUAAUUACAGGACGUGGCAGGAUGCAGUCAAGGCGCACAACCUUGUUGGCAAGACAGUGCACACGGCUGAGCUUGUGUCGGCUUCCAAAAUAGAAUUCAAGCAAUUUUUGCUUUUGCGUGUUCUUUGGGAUCCCCGUAUCGGAGAUCAACUGACCGACUUGCCACUAGCCCUGAAAAAAUAUCAUGCCCAGGCCAAGGAAAUGCUCGCUACAUCUCAAUCCUGGGCGGACUAUUGCAGUGGCAUCAAGAACGGCGAAACACCAGAGGGCAGCUUUUCAAUUGCCAGACAUUAUCAAAUCAAAGCGGCUACCGGUGGGGAGAAUAUGCGACCGGACAGCUUCGAUACCCCGGUUGCCAUGCGCACCCGCAGCCACACGACGAGAAAUCUGGCGGAAGCAUUGAGGGAGUUCCAUAUCGACAGGACGCCAUCCAAGAAUCCCAUCCCAGUGCCCCAAACGCCCAAUCUUGAGGAAUCGUCUGACGAUGAAUCUGUUGUGAUAAGCCCGCCCCCGUCAGCUCCGACACCAGCGAUCCUGGUUCCUCAAGAUCUGCACAAGUUGAUGUUUCCAGCUACCAAGGACGAGCAAAUUGUCAAUGCUGCUCUCGUCGUUUUCCUGAACGCGUUGACAAUUCACUCCCCCAUUAUCAAACGCUGUGACUGGAGCCUGCACAGAUACUCCUUCCUUUCCGAAUUUGAUGUAGCCAAAUUCGUAUCCAGGACCGAUGGGUAUCUUGAUGACAGCAGGGGUAACCCUUAUGCUCUGAUCGAAGUCAAACCCAUUAUCAGAGGGGUCACCAGUCAAAGCCAGAUUCAAAUGCAAGAAGGUUCACAGAUGGCCAGCUGGAUCAAACAUGAUAUUGACGCACCUCUGGAAAAGCUGCGAGCUCUGAUUUCCCAAGAUCGGCAUGAAAUCUUCAUCACCAUUGCGGAGUACGACAGCGGUUACGUAACUUAUCUCCGAAAGAAGCCCCUCAAUAACGAACCCCUGUCGUUCUUGACCAUGCGUCAGUAUGGCCCUUGGAACACUACGCACGCUGGGCACAUGAAGAAGCUGGGGCCAAUUCUGCUUGCACUCACCCUCUACGCCGAAGAUGAGGUGCGGAAGACCGAAGCAUCUUUAUCUGACUAAAUGGAUACUCAUUUAGUAGAUUGAUUGACUGGAGUUUCUUUAGUAGCUGUGAGCUUGGAAAGGCGGGGUGAAUUGUUUCUUCUGUUUGUCCUUCUAUUUGUCAUCUCCACUGUCUUUGCUUGUUCUUCA